CCCCCGCCUCCUCCGUGCGCCAUCUUGGCUCAAGCGGCGCUCAGGUUAGGAUCUGGUUCCCUGCGUCCGGCCAUUUCGGUUCCGCUCGGGCCAGUUUCCUGGACGAUAGAGGGAGGAGUCUGGCAUUUCUGGAAGUCGGAGAAACAGCCAGUCAAAGCCAGCCAGCAUCUGAGCCAGGCCAGCGUAAAGAAGAACCGGAGCGACGGAGGAACGAAGGGGUCGGCUGUGUGUCUGUGUGUGUGUUUGGAGGGGGGAUAUAAUUGAAAUAUUCCCAGGCUCACACACACGGACACGGUGUAAUGCAGCGGAGCCGUUGUGGACAUGACGGUCUUCCAUUUGGGCUCGGGGAGCUGAAGCAUAUACUGCAGCCAGGUCACAUUACCGUUUUUUUCUUCGGUGGGAUAAGCCAUCUGCGAUACACUGGGGUGUGCACGGCGCAGUAACGGGGCGAGCCAAACCCGGUGAUUAUAUCGACAGCUAGCUUUGCAUUAACCCAAGCUAGCCAACCGUUUUUUUUUUUUUUUCUCCUCCUCGAGAGCCCCCCGUUAGCUUGCGGUGGUGAAGGGAGCAUCUUUUGUCGGUGCGGGAAGCGCCCGCGGAUGCUGCCGAGCGGAGUCGCGUACCGGGGGAAUAUUAAAGCAGGCAGACACGAAACCGAGGCAUGCAAGGAGGGGUGUUUUUCAGCAAGCGAGCGAGGAAAUCUCCACGCCCUGGGGUCUGGUCCGUGGCUACUAUUUAGCUCGCUACCGGGAGAAGUAGCUCGGGAGAAGGUGGGGCCGAGGAGUGACAGCUUUGGACGCCAGCUAAUGUGGCUACUAGCCGGCUAACUCGGGACUCUCGAGAAGGCUGCAGGCUUUCCCCCUGUCUUUGACAUUGGGAGGGGGGGUGGUGGGUUUUUAAAUUACCGGGAGUGCGUAGAGUGGCACGGUAGCGACCGAAUUUAGCGAGAAAACCCGUUGUCAUUAAUUAUUUUCCCAAGCCCGUGUGGGUGGGAAGUCUUGCUUUGGAGCAUCCUCGUUUACCUGUAUGACCAUGGCGGACGACGACGUGCUUUUCGAGGAUGUCUACGAGUUGUGUGAGGUGAUUGGCAAGGGUCCCUUCAGUGUGGUGAGGCGCUGCAUCAACAGAGACACGGGCCAACAGUUUGCUGUAAAGAUCGUUGAUGUGGCAAGCUUCACCUCCAGCCCCGGCCUCAGCACAGAAGAUCUGAAGCGAGAGGCCAGUAUCUGCCACAUGCUGAAACACCCCCACAUUGUGGAGCUGCUGGAGACCUACAGCUCCGAUGGCAUGCUUUACAUGGUCUUCGAAUUUAUGGAUGGAGCCGACCUGUGUUUUGAAAUUGUGAAGAGAGCCGAUGCUGGGUUCGUCUACAGCGAAGCAGUGGCCAGUCACUACAUGAGGCAGAUUUUGGAGGCUCUUCGGUACUGCCACGACAACAAUGUGAUUCAUCGCGACGUAAAGCCUCAUUGUGUGCUGUUGGCCUCAAAGGAGAACUCUGCUCCCGUGAAGCUGGGAGGUUUCGGAGUCGCAAUACAGCUGGGAGAGUCUGGUUUAGUAGCCGGAGGUCGAGUCGGUACUCCCCACUUCAUGGCCCCGGAGGUGGUGAAGAGGGAGCCGUACGGGAAGCCGGUGGAUGUGUGGGGAUGCGGAGUCAUCCUCUUCAUCCUCCUGUCUGGCUGCCUGCCGUUCUACGGUACCAAGGAGCGCUUGUUCGAGGCCAUCAUUAAGGGGAAAUACAAGAUGCAGUUGCAGCAGAUGAACCCGCGCCAGUGGGCCCACAUCUCAGAGAGCGCCAAGGACCUGGUGAGGCGCAUGCUGAUGCUGGACCCCGCCGAGAGGAUCACGGUCUACGAGGCCCUCAACCACCCCUGGCUGAAGGAGAGGGACAGGUACGCCUACAAGAUCCAUCUGCCCGAAACCGUGGAGCAGCUGAGGAAGUUCAACGCCAGGAGGAAGCUGAAGGGUGCAGUGCUCGCUGCCGUUUCCAGCCACAAGUUUAAUUCCUAUUACGGCGACCCUCCUGAGGAGCUCCAUGACUUCUCAGAUGACCCCACCUCCUCAGGACUGCUAGCUGCUGAAACAGGGGCAGUGUCGCAGGUUUUGGACAGUCUAGAGGAGAUCCAUGCGUUGACGGACUGUAGUGAGAAAGACAUGGACUUCCUGCACAGUGUCUUCCAGGAUCAGCACCUCCACACCCUGUUAGAUCUUUAUGACAAAAUCAACACCAGGUCGUCCCCUCAGAUCCGAAAUCCUCCCAGUGAUGGAGUGCAGAGAGCCAAAGAGGUACUGGAAACCAUCUCCUGUUACCCAGAGAAUAUGGAGGCCAAGGAGCUCAGGAGGAUCCUCACACAGCCACACUUCAUGGCUCUGCUGCAGACCCACGAUGUGGUGGCCCACGAGGUCUACAGUGACGAGGCGUUAAGGGUGACGCCCCCACCUACUUCGCCAUACCUAAACGGAGACUCCCCAGACAGCACCAACGGGGACAUGGACCUGGAGAACGUCACCAGGGUCCGUCUGGUCCAGUUUCAGAAGAACACAGAUGAGCCCAUGGGCAUUACUCUGAAAAUGAACGAACUCAACCACUGUAUUGUGGCUCGCAUCAUGCACGGUGGAAUGAUUCAUCGACAAGGGACUCUGCAUGUAGGAGAUGAGAUCAGAGAAAUUAACGGCAUUAGUGUUGCUAAUCAGACAGUAGAACAGCUGCAGAAGAUGCUGAGGGAGAUGAGGGGCAGCAUCACCUUCAAGAUUGUACCCAGUUAUCGCUCCCAGUCAAUGUCCUGUGAGAAAGAGUCUCCAGACUUGUCUCGACAGUCUCCUGCAAAUGGUCACGCUAGCGUCACCAGCUCCAUCCUGGACCUGCCGGCCACGAUCCAGCCCAAAGGCCGUCAGAUCUCCAGACCUGCUAUCCAGGACAAAUUGUCCAUCAAGAUUUACGUACGAGCUCAGUUUGAGUACGACCCGGCGAAGGACGACCUCAUCCCGUGUAAGGAGGCGGGCAUUCGCUUCAGGGUGGGCGACAUCAUUCAGAUCAUCUCCAAGGACGACCACAACUGGUGGCAAGGAAAGCUGGAGAACACCAAGAACGGCACGGCGGGACUCAUCCCCUCACCUGAGCUGCAAGAGUGGCGCGUGGCUUGCAUAGCUAUGGAGAAGACUAAACAGGAACAGCAGGCCAGUUGUACCUGGUUUGGCAAGAAGAAGAAACAGUACAAAGAUAAGUACCUGGCCAAGCACAACGCAGUGUUUGACCAACUAGAUCUGGUGACAUACGAGGAAGUCGUCAAGCUGCCUUCAUUUAAGAGGAAAACGCUGGUUUUGCUCGGUGCACAUGGAGUCGGUCGGAGGCACAUCAAGAACACACUCAUCACCAAACAUCCAGACCGCUUCGCCUACCCUAUUCCUCAUACAACCCGGCCUCCGAAGAAGGACGAGGAGAACGGAAAGAACUACUACUUCGUGUCUCACGACCAGAUGAUGCAGGACAUCAGUAACAACGACUACCUGGAGUACGGCAGCCACGAGGACGCCAUGUACGGAACCAGGCUGGAGACUAUCAGGCAGAUCCACGCCCAGGGCAUGAUCUCCAUCCUGGAUGUGGAGCCACAGGCACUAAAGAUCCUCAGGACAGCUGAGUUUGCUCCCUAUGUCGUCUUCAUUGCAGCUCCCACCAUCACACCUGGCAUGACUGAGGACGACUCACUCCAGCGGCUCCAGAAGGAAUCAGAGAUGCUGCAGAAGACCUACGCUCACUACUUCGACCAGACCAUCAUCAACAACGAGAUCGACGACACCAUCCGCCUGCUGGAGGAGGCCGUGGACCUGGUGUCCACCACCCCCCAGUGGGUCCCCGUCUCCUGGGUCUACUGACACACAAUCAACGGCGACGAGCUCCUCGCUCCGAACGAUCCGCCUCCAGAUCCACGUGGAACCUAAACUCUUGUCAAACCCCCUUGCAAUCAUGUCUCUCAUCAGAACAUUUCUGUAGAUAAACUGUUGAAAAAGAGGGAAAUGAAGAAACUAAUGACUGAUGCCUCAUCGCAGAGACUUCAUCCUGACCCCACCCCCCUUUUUCUCAACAGCCUCAAAGGCGUAUUGUUGUGUACAUAUAUACAUAUAUAUAUAUAAAUGAUAAAAAAUUAAGUGAAUAUGGUUCUGUCCUCAUAUAGUCGACAGGUGGGGAGUGGCGGGGCAGUGUAGUUGAUAUUUUGUACUUUUCUUUUGUAAUGGAUGGAUGGUAACAUUGGAAAGGCAAUAGUGAGCAUGACCAAGCAGUCUUAUGAAGGUGCCUGUGUGUGUGUUGACCUUUUAAGGCACUUGUUGUGGUACUCUGUGUCCUCCUCUCCAACAAACCCCCCCUCAAUCUCCUCGGCCGCUGUGACGAACGAGCCGAAACUCUGAAGCACAUCAGAAGCUGCUAUAGUGGCGACAAUUAACUCCCUCAGCUCCAAAUGCAAGUUUGAGUGAAGCAAAAAGCACAGGAAACUUGGCAGUUUCUUUCUCCCUCCCCACGUCCCACGUCCCUCGUCCCACGUCCCUCAGCCUUUUAUUUAUGUCACUGUGCCUCUGAGUUUGUUGAAGGAGCACACUGCAUCCCUCUACGCCGUCUCUCCCCUGUGUCGCUGUAGCCUGCUGUCCUAUGCUUCCCUUCCUUCCCUCCCAGCCUCCGAUGGUCUUUGUUUACAUCUCAGUUUGCACAAAAUGGACAAUGAAGAAAACACGUACUGCAUUUCGGCGCCUCAGUUUUUCACUUCGUCUUGCACAUCCUCCCUCCGUCCCUCUGGCUGUCUUUACCCCGCUCCCUUUCUUCACACGUGAAAUGCUCAUCAGUGGACCCGGGACACUAUAAGCUAAGAAAAAAAAACACUGACACUCACCACUAAACAUGGCUCCUGAGCCGCAAGACAACAACUACACCAACAACAACGAAAAUAACGAGAAAAGGAGAAAAACUGCCUUAUCAGAGCCUCGGGGGAAGAAGUCGGUAACACCUAUGCACACCCCUGGUUCCUGCCAGGCAGACGCCACGAUAACCGUUCUUUUCUCGUCUCAGACAGUUAGCCAUGCUUGUUAAAGCUCAAGUGUUCAUAGGGAUGUUUGUGUGGAAGGGUAGGGCCUCACGUAGGUAGGUGGGAUACAGUCCUAGAGACGCCAUUUUGGAACUGUUAACUGUUGUCUUUAAAAAAAAAAAAUAAUAAUAAUAUAAGGAGUACUCUUGUUUUGGGGGGGAGAGAAAAUAACUAAAUUUUGUGUGUAAAUGUUUCAAUGGUGCGUACGUCAUAUGAGUGAACUACCAAGAGCCAGUGUAUAUUAACCCUUAAAAGAAGCUCAGUAUGUGACAUAACCUCUACAUGCUUUACCAGAAGUGGCACAGAGCUCUCCUGCCUGCAGUGGGUACGGCACAUCACAUGAUGGCUCACGAAAAUAAAAAGUUGAGAAAAAAACAAACAAACAAACAAAAAAAAAGAAGUUAAACUGUGGUGCGGCUGCUGUUGUGCCACUUUGAGUAAAGUGUUUUCAUUUCAAGUCCUGUGUAAAUUACCUCUGCAAAUGACAAAAGCAGCUCUUCUGUAUGAAAUGUUGUUCUUUUUUUGUUAUUUCAUUUUUAAAAAAAUAUAUUUCCUUUUACGUGUUUAAAGUA